AUGGAUGUAGUAAACCCCCAUAACUUUCCAGCCAAGCUAUGGCGACUUGUGAAUGACCCCCACGUCUGUUCCCUCCAAUGGGACUCGCGUGGAGAAGGAAUCAUCAUUGACCAAGAGUUGUUUGAGUCUGAGCUCCUCGCACCCUCCAGAGAGAUCAAUGUGACCGAUGACCUGUUUAGGACGACAAGCUUCGGCAGCUUCAUCCGUCAGCUCAAUCUGUACGGCUUCAGGAAACUGGUCUAUGGAUCUGGCGCUUCUUGCCAACCCACCAGGAACCUAGAAGCUGGAAAUCGCAACCUUCAUCCUUUCUCUAAUUCCUUCUUCCGCAGAGGUCACCCAGAGCUUCUCAUCAAUUUAAAGAGGCUGACCAAUAUUAACAAGGCAAAAAUGGCAGCAGGCCAUAAAGUGCAUACCAGGCCACCAAACCGAUAUCAGCGAUUACUUCCAAAUCCAUUGGAGAAACAGAGAAGGGCAGAGACUCAAGGUCUAAUGCCACUCGAACAAAUUCAUCGUUAUUCUAACCAGGAAAAUAUUUCUCUAUAUCCCUAUGCUGGGCCGGUAGCCCAGAGCUAUAAUGCUUCUAUGAAUGGGUUUGGUGACUUUCCGGUGUCUGCUAUGAUGUGGCCAAGUUCAUUGGGACCUCACCAAGGACACUUAGGUGUUCCAUCAUCAUUCCCAGAAAAGCCAGUCUUUUUUCCUGCCAUGCAGCAGUUCCCAGCAGUCGCAUACACGCUGCAAUCCACCGCCACUUCUCUACAUGUCCAACAAAGUCACUCUUUCAUGACGGAAGCUGUGCAUAAAUAUGGAAGCUCACCCACAAUGCAGUAUCCUAAUGUAUAUCAUCCAGCAGGUUAUACUGUCGCCUACAGCAGAAAUGUAGGCGACAGUAUAACCUGA